CUUUUCAGUCCAGAGAUUCUACUAUUCGGCGGGGUUUGUUUACCGGCGUUGCUAUGGUGACCUAAAUUAUUAUAAGCAACUGAAAACGAUGCCGGUUUGAAACUAAAACUGUGAUUCUGAAAAAGUAUAAAUGCUAUCAAAAUUCUGUUUCCAUAGAAUUGAAGAUACAAGUGUGUAGAUUUGCUUAAUGGUUUGAACGAUGGUAAACGGUUGAAAAAGGAAUGAGUUACGAUGUCUAGAAGUAGGUGUAUCAGAAUGGGCUGACGUCUUCAAUGAAUAGCUGAAAACGAAGCGGUAACCUUUUGUUUUUCAAUAUAAAAUAUUCAAAAUAAAUGAUGUUUGAAUGAUGUGAUGUGUGAAAUGAAUAAAUGAAUGAGAAAAGCAACAGUGGUGGACCUUACUAAACGCCCUAUCCAUUGUAUCGGUCUGUAAAAUGCUGAUCAAUGCUCAAUUUUUUAACAUUUAAAAAAUAAAGCUGAAAAUGAUUUAUUGAACAUUUUAAGAGUUCAAUUCAGAGGCAAAAAAAAUCCAGAUACGUUAAUUCAGUGCAUAAAUAUUCAUUGAAUUCAAUGGCUUUUUAUCUUCAAAAUCCUUAAGAAAAAAAAAAAGUACUGCCAUAGGCAGUCAUGUAUCAUUUACUGGGCUAUGAAGAUGGUCAGUAGGAAGGCCUAAAGUAGUAUCAAAGUUGUACAUUUAUUUGAACAUAAUAGGAGGGUUGACGCAAUAAACAAAGAAAUGGCCUAAGGCAAAAAUAAAAAAUAUAAAAAACAUCUCGGUGUGCAAGACGUUUUCAUGAGUCACUUUAUCCGCCUCCAUAUUCAAAGCAGACGUUCAGAAACAAUUGAAUAACAACCAAAAAGCAAAAAGAAAUAUAAUAAUAUUUUCUAAUAAUUAUAAAUAAAUGCAUUUAGGAACUGAGGACAUAGUGGCCACUCCCUUAAAGGCCCACUAUGCAACUUUUUUUGCCAAAAUUACAUUAAGUAUGCAGGUUGAGAGUUAUGCUGAUGGUUCUGCAUCCAUUUCUGGGUCGAUUGGUGGGUGUGUCAUUUUCCCAUGUCGCCUCUACAGUGAAAAAGCGCAUAUGCAACUUGAUCUGCUCGGACCGGGACAUUCCGGAUGUGACGCAGCGGAAGUAUCCUCGAAAAUGUAGUCAGAUUGUAGUUUCGAAAAUGCUUUACGGCACAGACACACACCCAAACAUGGCACCGGCUAGAUAUAAACAGCCAGUUGCGAGGCAAUUGUUGCAUUCAUCAUGGAUCUAUCGACUGAUAAGGAACCCAAGAGGCGACUGUCGGUGGAACAAAAAAAGAAUGGACCAGAAAAGAGAUCAGACACGAGUGAAAGGGGAACUAUGCAACUUUUUUGGCUUGAUUUACCUUAAUAUAACAGGCUAGGAGUCAUUGCGAUGGUUCCGUUAUACAUUUUUGUUCGAUUGUUCGUUGUUUCAACUCCCCCUUGCGCAUCUUGGCGGAGAAAAGGAAUAUGUUUCUGCCGGCGACCCGCCGCCCACUCUCGUGGGAGUCUCGGGUCUCGCGAAGUAACGAAUUGCUUUACGGCACAGACCCCCAAACACGGAACCGGCUCGAUAUAAACACAAGUAACUAAGGGAUUGUUACAUUCAUCAUAGAUCAGCCGACUAAAAAGAGACAGAGAAACCCAAUGUCGGAGGAACAGAAGAAGAGAAAAGGAAGACUGACCGACAGAGAGGACAGACACGAGUAAACGAUGGGCAAGCUUUUCAGGAAUAGCGUGAACUGAAAGAAAAAGAAGACUGCAAAUCAGACUCCAACUUGGCCGUGUUGCUUUUGAAAUUGAAAGUACCCUUGGGUGAACUUUGUCCUCGUGGUAUUCUUGAUGUUGAUAGUCUCUGUACACAUGUGUUUGAUCAAACCAUUUAGUUGUGAGCCCUGUAAAAAAUGUUUUCUCGACCGUUUUGUUGCGAGCCCUGUAUGUUUCUAGCUUGCUUGGUUGCAACCAUAUAAACACCUUUGUUUCCAUUGGUGUUUUGCUGUUCGUCUGUCUCGUCCCCCUGAUACAGACUGAAUCCCCGAAUCCAGGUUCUUGUUUAUUUAGAUUAUUAUGUUGGCCAACACUCUCACACUGAUUGUUCUGUUCAACCUAAGAUAAAACAAUUAUAAUCUAGGAUAUAAAUUCUCCCCGUCAACUAUAAAAAAGGAUGGCUUUAUGUUUAUUGCAAUACAAAUACACCAUUUUAAAAAUGUAUAACCUUGCCUACCCUUCAUGAACAUUUACUUCGGACACGGCAUUCGCCGGCUUCUUUGAAAACAAAUGCACAUGGCUCGCGUAGAAGUGCAUGGGGAAGGGUAGUCAACGAGUUGUUACGACAGUGUUGUAAAAUAUCUACUACGAAGCUGUAGGGGGCGCUGUGUAUAGAAAUGUGCGUGCCAAAACCAAGAAAACAGCGAAGAAAUUCCCGAAGUUGCAUAGUGGGCCUUUAAGAUAGUGAGGGAGACUGUCGCACAGUGAUUCCACGUCACUACUCAAAGUGAAACUUUGAAAGGGAAAGCAAAAGCGAGCCAACGAGAGAACGCCAAGACUCGCAUACGGGUCGGAUCAGUCGUUUUGUAUCACUCUGUUGCUACAAUGGCGGACAUAACAUCCCUAGUGAACGAUCUGUCCUGUUCGGUUUGCCAUUACAUCUUUAACGACCCUGUUAUCCUAUCGUGUAGUCACCGUUUCUGCAAAGGCUGUCUGCAGAGUUGGUGGACGCAAAGCCAGGAACACCUGUGUCCACUUUGCAAGAGGAGAUCUUCAAAGACCGAACCACCCAGGAAUAUUGCUCUGAAGAACCUUUCGGAAGCCUUCCAGCGGGGGAACGCGGAUCUAUGCCCUCUGCACGGUGAGAAACUAAAGCUCUUCUGUCUCGAUGACCUGGAGACGGCGUGUCCCAUCUGUCGAGAUUCUGAAAAACACGCCAAACACAGAUUCCUUCCUGUGGAUGAAGCUGCCCCGAGCCACAGGAAAGAAAUUCAGGAAUUACUAAAAUCCCAGAAGGUGAAGUUAAACGACUUUGUUGAGACCAAGAGAAAGUGUGAUCAAAUUGCAGCACACAUUAAAGUCCAGACCGCGCACACCGAGAGACAGAUUCAAAAUGAGUUUGAGAAGCUUCACCAGUUUCUCCAAGAUGAAGAGAAGUUCAGGAUCACAGCGCUGAGAGACGAAGAGCAGAUGAAAGGUCAGAAGAUAAAGAAGAAGAUUGAGGAGCUGUCGAUGCAGAUAGAAACCAUUUCACAAACAGUCACAGAGAUGGAGCAGCAGCUGGGGGCUGGAGACGUUUCCUUCCUGAAGAAGUACAAGGCUACAGCAGAUAAAGCAGCCCAGCCCCGACCCUCGCCGGCUCUACCCGAGGGGGCGCUGCUGGACGUGGCCAAACACCUGGGCAACCUGGCCUACGCAGUCCUGAAGAAGCUGGAGGACAACGUCUCCUACUUUCCUGUGAUCUUGGACCCCAACACCGCUGCCCCCGAUCUCCACUUGUCUGAUGAUCUGACCAGCGUGAGAUGUGGAGCGAGACAACAGCUCCCUGAGAACCCAGAGAGGCUGGUGUAUGGCGUGCUGGGAUCUAGGUCACUUGAAUCAGGGACCUGCACCUGGGAGGUAGAGGUGGGAGACGGCGCCCACUGGGAGCUUGGUGUUUGCAAUGGUAUCUACAGAAAAUCUGGUAUAGAAACGAUUUCUUUGAAGGGUUUUUUGUUCAAUCUCUUUGGUCCUGAUUGUUUUAAAAUAGUGUUUCAUAAAGGUAGAUACAUAUCACAAAAAGGUACACAAUCGGUUGAUCUCCCAGCGAUGCAGAAGUUACAGAGGAUCAGAAUGACGUGGGAUCCGACCACUCAUGAAAUGUCCUUCAGUGAUUUUAAAACCAACCAUAAAAUGCGGGGGCAACUAUCAUUGUCUCUACUAUUACCAUUUUUCCAUUCCACUGAUGCAGUUCCUUUGAGUAUUUGCCCAGGGAAGAACCUGCCUGGGAGUUAGGAACGAUGUGAGUGUACCUGUACUGCUGUUUAUUUCUGUGUUGUAAACCAUAUUCUGUAUUGUCCUUGUUGAUCUGUAAGCGAUGGAAAACAGAUUUUCUUUUUGAAUAUUGAAAAUAAUAUUAUUUAGACAUGCAUGUUUUCUUGGCCACAUGCUCAAAGACGAAUGUUGUAUGGUUUCGUCAGAUCAUGUUAUUGAACAGGUUUAUGUGACGUGUAAAUGUAUUAAGUUUGACUUGGUAAAAUGUUGUGUAAAUGUAUUAGAAAUUAAGUUGAACAGGAUUACGUGUUGUCUAAAUGUGUGACAUAGUCAUAGUAUUAUUAUUAGUCAUUAAAUUGAACAGGGUGAUAGCUGGGAGAGCUUCAGAGGUAAUUGGCCAGAUUGUCAUUUUGAUUUUAAGAACAAAAUAAUAAAGAAGAAAAGAUUAUAGUUUUUUGUGGUGGUUUUGCCUAUUGCUUAACAUCUUGUGAGUCAUCACUUGUCAAUCACCACCACAACGGAUCAGUUGGCGACACAACGGUGUGUUAGUAGCAUAACAAUGGAAUGUCAGCAACACAAAGAUUCUAGAGACGCAUUCGACGCACCAAUCAUAGCGGUGCACCGUGCCAGCAGCAGUUUGGGUGGUGAGGUAUACUCACGGAGGACCUUUGGGUUCUCUUAAGGGUUGUAGUUAAUUAAUAAAACAGUAAUCAUUUACAAUUGAUCUAGCGAGUCUAUUAAAUGUUAGCAAUAACGGGAAAAAUGCUCAUUACAAGUCACCAGAGUGCAAGGUGAAGUCUUAAAUAUUCUUGAUUUUGUUGAUAUUCUAAUCAAUGAACCAAAUUACAGAAGCGUCAAGCAGCAAAUGUAUUUAUAAUUCACAAAUGACUUUUCAUCUGUCAAAAUCAGAUUUCAUUAAUCUCCUGUUGAUUGACUCAUCAAUGAAUGAUCGUUGCAGCCCAAUGCUCCACUGUCGAGGAGCCAUCCAGUUCAGUCGGCUUUCAGCUCAUGUACGUGAAACAGAACCUGGUGGUUGUACUUUAUCUGAAGAGUAACCUUGUUAGAACGCCCUGCCUGGCCUCCAGUGAAGCACCAGAUGCUAGUAAGGUGCGGCUGGUGUGCGAUGAGUGUUUGGUCUCCUAGCGCACCCACAAAAAGCUUCACUAGGCCCAGGGCUCUAAUGGGUGAUAAGCAUGAAACAUUAAUGAUCUACACUCUUCUGAGAUAAGACCUAGGAAAGGCCAUUCUUCAAUCCAUCAGUAGUAUCAACCGGCUGACAGACUGAAGACAAUAACUCGUUCUGUUUCCGAGGAGCCGUCAAUCCUGACUAAGUAAAGCUUUGGCUUUAAACAAAUAUCCACUGAAACUAACUGGACAUGUUUUAAAUGUUCUCUGCAGUAUGUUCUCUGCCAGACCCAGUUCACCGUCAUAAGGACCGGCCCAGAUGAUUUGUGAACACGCUACGCUAAGAUUAGGCUACAUUUACAUGUUGUUAUGCCGAACUAAAAAUACAGUACGCCUUCCGUAGCUGCCGUGCUUAGUCAUCUUCUAGGGUGUGUGUUUGUGUUGGGUUUAAGUCACUCCUGUCAUUUGGCAGUCUGCCAGUGGGAGCUUGAAUCCAUAUGCUCUGUGGUCGGGGCCUCCCAGAGUCCCGGAGAUUAGCUUGUCAUUUAAAAGAGGGCAGCGGCUCCUGGAACAAGAGGUGCUUUUGAUCGCAGACCUUACAAGUCGAACAAGGUUUUCAUCAACCUAAGACCCCAGCUGUGCAAAAUUACAACCUGGACAGUUAAAGAUAAACUGAAACUAACAUUUACAUUUAGUCGUUCCCAGCUUCUAUCCAAAGUGUUCUACAAAUGAGGCUCAGAAGAAGCCUUUAACUACGGUUAAAGUUAGGAGUAGCUGAACAAAGUAGCUUACGGAUCAACCAAUCAGAGAUCAUACAUUUAAACAACUUAUAAGUUCAACGUAGCAGCUCAACAUCUUUCAUCACCCAUUUUGCCCCGUAGGGUUUUCCCAUCCAUGGUUCCCAUGGUAGUUUUGACCUGGUAACCGGAGAGGUCUACUCCACCCAGAGCACCUUGCUGGCAGUGGGCCGGUUAUCUGGUGGCUAUUGGAAAAAUAACCAUACCGACAGUAGUCCUAGACCAGGAUGUGCUUUAGAAAGACAGAGGUCACACAC